UUUGCAUCCCCCCUUCCCAUGGUAUUGUAUUUGUUAAUUAAUUGUCUUCUAGAUUACCUGCCUACUGACUCCGAGCUCAGCACCCUGGCAUCGCUCAAACGGUCGAAAAUCGCCAACUGCACCGACUUAGUUGAACUUGCUGUGGCCGCUCAGACUGCCGCCAAUUUUGUUAAUGCAAGCGCCAACACGAAGCUACGCGAGAUAGUGGCUCAAAUGCUCGCCCUCAAAGAUCGUGCUGUCGAGGUGCUGGAGGAGGCGAAGCGAGAUGCCGAGCUCCAUCAGGCCGCGUGUAACAUGGUCAAAAAACCCGGCGGGAUAUACUACUUUUACGAAAAGUCGAGCGCCAGCGGCGGUGGGAUGGUCGCCUCGAUAAUUUCACCACAGGAGUGGGGCGAGAGUUGUCCGCACUCGGCGUAUGUCGGCGCCUUUCAACUGCAGACCGAUCACUCCUGGAGGCCGCUUGAUGUCGAACGAAGCGAACGUGUUAACGAGGUAGAGGCCAUUGUCCAAAAAAUGCGAGAACAUCCGUCGCUGCCAAAUGCGAUCUUGGACGUCUGCGGAAAUAAGGACCCUCAGUAG